CGAAACCCUCUUAAGGAAGCAGAAGUGAGGUAUAGCCUUAGGAUAAGUUGCGUUUAAACCUGUAUCACUUGAGCAGCUGUUAUACAAACGAUGUCGUGUCACAGCCAGCCACCGAUUAUUAACCCGGAUGUCCCCUUCACCGCUUCUAUUGAUGGUGGACUUCAAGAUUGGAAAACGAUCACCAUUACCGGAAGAAUUAAAUACGAUGCGAAGAGGUUCCAUGUGAAUUUGCAGUGUGGGGAUAGGGCCGGAGCGGACGUAGCGCUUCACAUCAACGUGAGGUUUGAUAAUCGUCCCUCAUACAUGGUCCUGAACACCUGCAAGAACUCAGCGUGGGGCGCAGAGGUGCGAAAGUACGAGGCCCCUUUCCAUCGGGGCUCCACAUUCAAUCUGGUUAUCAUGGUCAAUCCUGAAAAAUACAAGUUGUUGGCCAAUGGCAUCCACUUCAUGGAAUAUAAUCACCGCAUGGCCUUUGGUCAAGUGGACACCGUCACAGUGGAUGGUGCAGUUCGGCUGUCCUCCGUCAGCUUCCAAAAUCCCAUGGCUCCAUGUACACCACCACGGGAUGGACUUCCUGCUAUGCCUAGAUAUUCUCCCUCCUAUGUCAUUCCGUACAAAUCCAUCUUACGUGGUGGACUUCGUGUAGGGAGGAACAUCACCGUCCAGGGCAUGGUCCAUCCUGACGCUAAAAGGUUCCACGUCAACCUGUGCUAUAACUCAGGGAUCGCCUUGCACUUCAGCCCCCGCUUUGACGAGAACACAGUGGUGCGCAACAACCAGGUGCAAGGCAGAUGGGGCACAGAGGAACGUUCCGGAGGCAUGCCCUUCAGCCGAGGCCAGAUGUUCACGAUGAUUAUCGUUUGUGAAAGUAAUUUGUACAGGAUUAUCGUCAAUGGCGUACAGGCAUUCAUCUUCAACCACCGCCACCAGAAUUUACGGCAGAUCAGUAUCUUGGAUGUGGAUGGAAAUCUGACCUUGACCUCAGUAACGUCCUGAAGAAGGCAGGCCGCUUAUCAGAUUAUAUGAUAAAACUAAUAAAAAAACAAUCUAUUUCUA